UCAGCAGGCUAAAAUGGAUCACCAUAACGCCGACAACUGCAAAUGCCACAAGCAGACGCAGCCGGCACAGCAGACGCUCAGCGACAUGGACUUUGACCGGGGCAUUUGGAAUGCAGCUAUCUAUAACGAACUGGAACGUGUAAGGGAGUUCAUCAAGAAGGGCCAGUCCAUGGCUCGGGAUGACUGCGACUAUACGGCUUUGCACUAUGCAGCCCGCAAUGGCAACGAGCCAAUCUGCAAGCUACUCCUCGACGAGGGCAAAGCAGAUGUAAAUGCUGUGACCAAAGCAGGAGCCACAUCACUGCACCGAGCAGCCAUGAUGGGCCAUUUGGAGAUUGUUAAGCUACUGUCGGGACACAAGGCUAAUCUUCUGCUCCAGGACGAGUGCGGACAGAGUGCUUUGCAUCGGGCAGCGAUGCGUGGGCAUCUGGAGGUGUGUCGUUUCCUGCUGCAGCAGGAACCGGCACUCAAGCUGGUCAAGGAUAACAAGAACAAAAUUGCAUUUGAAUACAUCAUGGAAAACGCCAAUGAUGACUUUAAGCUAUUGCUGAAGCCCUGAAAGGGCUUAUCAUUCCCCUACCGUUCAGCGUAAAUUUGUUUUUUAUAGUUUAAGAACUAAAAUGUUUUUCUUUUAAAACUUUAUUUUGUUUAUUUAGUCUGUCAACACGUUUUCUAUAAAAUUGCACCCGAUUAUCGUUGUAAAAUCUUACUUUAAAAAUUGCAUUCGUUCUUUUGUUUGCAUUGUGUGUGUGAGAUCGAUUGUAUAUGGAAAACUAAUCUUAACGUUGGCAUAGUCAAAUAACAUAGUAGAAACAUCAUAUAAAUCAUAUUAUAUAUAGAAUAUAUACAAAACAUGCCUAAUAAACAUGAAAUGUGCAAGUAAUUUAAAAAAGAAAGCAAACUCUGUGCCCUAAAAGAUGUACACACAGAAAAUGCUUUAAAAAGUGCGAAAUUUGUGUGGUAACUCUGUUCUAAAUUUGCAAUACAUUAUAAGAAAGUUAAUAUCACAUUAGAGUCGUGUAAAGGUGUUAAUUAAUUUGGUGUUACAGAAUUAAGGAAACUAUUAUAAAGUCCUAACACAACCCUCCACACACUCGUCGCCAAUAUACAAAAUAUAUAUGCUACAUACCAUAUAACCAUACAUAUAAAACCUAUAUAAUCUGAAUAAAUUCCUAAAACGCAA